AUGGCUGCGACUUCGACUGCGAGCCAUGGCUUUGAGCCAGAAAACCGACAAUACAUCGCUGUUGGAUGCCUUGUCUGUAGACACAGCGAAGUGGAUGCCACCAUCAGGCCCUAUUUCAAGCUUUUGGACCGCAAAUGGUUCCGUUUCGAGACCACUGUCAGCCUCGACGAUGCGACCACUGCAAUCGUCAGAGUUCAUGUACUUCCCGAUGACUCAUGUAACAGCCUCAUUCUCCGAGACGAUCCUUUCCUCCGCAGCAAGAAGAAGGAUCUUCUCGCAUCUCUCGACUAUUCUCCCUCCACAUGGCGAGGACUGUCCAGCCAUGGUACACCUGUGGGCUUCCCUCAGCUCUCAUCCCAAGACGAAGCUGUUCGAAGCCGUCUUGUAGACGAUGACCCUGGCCAAGAUAUGUCGUUACUGAAGAUGUUCAAUACUAUUCCAUCACCGAGACCUGACAUCAACCUGCUUGAGGACGCUGUAUCACGAGAGUCCAUGUCCAACCUGCUGUCAAGCUCAGUCGAAGACCUGAUCACCGAGCUCUACCCCUAUCAGUGUCGUUCAGCCGCACUGAUGUUACAGAAGGAGGAGCAGCCUGGUCAUGUGCUGGACCCGCGCCUUGUCCAAGUAAACGAUCAAGAACGAAAACCUUGGUUCUACAACCCAAACACAGGUGAGGCUCGCAGGGAGCCUCGUCACUACGAUCACAUUUGCGGUGGAAUCCUGGCCGAGGAAAUGGGCUCAGGCAAAACCUUGAUCUCUCUCGCUCUCAUUGCCGCGACAAAGGACCAGCCUGCUGUUGUCCCAGAACUUUACCGCGGCGGCAACAUCACUGUUCGCCCCAAGGUUGGAUCCUUGAUGGACAUGGCCGCUGCAGUUGCCACCAAGAGCGGCGUCUCUUGGAAGCGCUAUAUCGACUCAAGAUACGAAAACUGUGUUCAGGCCAUCGAAAGGAAUCCUGGCUGGUACUAUCUACCGCGUCCAGAGGGCAGGAGACCCUCUCGACGUGCUGAGCCCCAUACUCUUCCGUCAAUUAAGAUUUUCGUCAGCCACGCAACUCUGAUAGUUGUACCUCCCAACCUUUUGAAGCAGUGGAAGCAGGAGACUUCCAAGCACAUGCGGGGCCUCAAAGUCCUCGAAAUGACAUCCAAACAGAGCAAGGGUACGACCUCGAACGAAUUCCCAUCCAUAAAUGAUCUGACUCACUGUGACAUUGUGAUCUGCACCGUGACCCGGCUGGAGAAGAUAUGGUCAACCCAUAAGCGAUCAGAGGCAGAUGGAUCACAAUCCCUGGAUUGCUCGCUCGGACAGGUCCAAUUCAAGCGCUGUAUCGUCGACGAGGGUCAUAAACUUGGAAACAUCAAGCUCAAUAGUAUCAAGACGACGUUGCUACAGAUUCUCGAUGCUCUUCAUACCAACGCUCGAUGGAUCAUGACGGGAACCCCAGCUAAGGGGCUAUUCGGAAUGGAGAAGGACAGCGAUUUCAACACGUCCUUGGCCGAAUCAUCCGCCAAGCAGGAGAGCGAAGAUCUCGAGCGCAUUGGGGCUAUCGCAACUUUCUAUCUCAAGGCUCGGCCUUGGUCCAACACGGUCCUUGACCACGGUGAUACCCUUGCUGACUGGAAGACUUACGUGAUCCACGGCCGCAAGGACUGUCUUGCAUCCACCUUCAACUCCUUGAUCAUUCGACAUCGCCUCUCAGAAAUCAGCCACAUGAUGCCGGCUGUUGAUUCUAAAAUUGUGAAGGUUGAGGGCUGUUAUCAGGACAAGCUCUGCCUCAACCUCUUCUCCAUGAUGAUCAUUUUCAAUGCUGUAGAAUCUCAGCGUGCCGAUGAGGAUUACUUCUUUCACCAAAGAAAUCGCAAGAGCAUGCUCCAGUUGGUCAGCAACUUGAGACAAACCAGUUUCUUUGGUGGCUCAUUCUUUUCAGCGUCUCAGAUCCAGAAGUCUGUCGAAACGGCAGAGGAAUUCUUGGAGAAAAAGACUGUCCCGAUCAACGAGUCUGAUGAGACACUGCUCAAGGCUGCAAUUGAACUUGGGAAGACCGCUAUGCAUAACAAGAUCAAGACAGCUGCGAACACCUUUCACGAGAUGCCCAUUUACAUCGACCACUUUCCAGGCGGUACACCCCCCGCAUGGUCAGUGGACGACGGAACCAGCUCUGGUCCUAUGUGUACCAAUUACAAGUUAAUGAUUGCAGCCCAACGGGCGCUGCGCCCUUUCCUUGGCUCGACCGAAGGCCUAAAUACGUAUCUCAACAGUGGCUCGUUCCUCGCGACGGGCACAUCGGAGCGAGACAAGGCUAUUCGCGAUUCCCAGCCGCAACAGACCUCCAGUGUCACCAACAAAGCUGAUACCACUCUCGCGGGCAACACAAAGCCGGGCGAAGACCAUGUCAGCCCACGGAAAGGCCACUCUGCAACAAUAAGGCUGAACGAGAAGGGAAUUCCAACUCCUCCUCAGACCCCUGAGGUGGUCAUUGAAAUCGCUGAACCGCUAGCAGAGACCCAACUGAUAUCGACCGUCUCCGCGAAGCUAUCCUACCUCAUCGAUGCUAUCGUCAUUCACCAGAAGGAGGAGCAAAUUAUCGUCUUCUACGACAACGACAACGUAGCUUGGUACCUCGCCGGUCUCCUUGAGAUGCUUCAGAUUCACCACUUGAUCUACGCCAAGGGCAUCUCCGCGGACCGUCGAGCCCAGUACGUCUCCACCUUUACGCACAGCAGCAAAUUUCGUGUCUUGCUCAUGGACAUUGCGGAAGCCGCCUUCGGUCUAGAUAUGCGGUCCGCGUCACGAAUCUACUUCAUCAGCCCCGUGCUGGACCCACAGGUGGAGGCGCAGGCUAUCGGGCGAACCAUCCUCGACGACCGCCCGAUCUACGACUGGAUCCUGAACGCGAAAAUCAUCCCUCUGCCGGACGUCGCCAAUGAUGAUGGCCCGGCCCAGAUGGCGCCUCUCGUGGUUCCGCAGUAUAUAUUUGGUCGUGAAUUCGGUCGCGAGGUGGUUGACCCAGAUGAAGAUAUUUUGCUGGAGGACCCAUCCCAUUCAGCUGCUGCAAUGUCAGACAAGGCGAAGGGCAAGAGACCAGUCAGGGGUGUCGAGCCUGCCGUCGACGGCCCGAGUGCGAGGUCUAGUGAUUCGAAGGGAAAGGUGAGAACCCGAACUCGUCCGGUCAAGCGGGCUCGUUUUGCGUGUGCAGACAGCGACGGUGCAGCUGUGUCCGAUAGGGCUGCCGAUACUGAGCAAGAAUCGGGUAUGGAGAGUGCCCUGGACGAAUCACCACAGACUGCUGCCAUUGGUAACCAAUCCGUUGGUGGCUCUUCCUCGGCGGCAGUCGUGGAUGUUCCCAGUGGCUCCCAGCCUGCGCUCCCGGCUCGUCCUGCUAAACGUGCUCGCUUCACGGACAUUCACGGACCUGACCACGUGGAGUGA